AUGUCGACAAGUCUUGGCGUCAGCGAGACGAACUGCAAUGAAUGCCGCCGCAGGAAAGGAAAGUGUGAUCGCGUGUUGCCAGAAUGCACUUCGUGUUCCCGUAACCGACGUCACUGUCUGUAUGAGAAGGCCGCUGGUCGGACGCCAUUGACGAGAAAGAAUCUCACGGAGGCCGAAGAAAAACUACGGCGUGCUGAGAUGAGGGCCAGAGUGGCUGAGCGUAGAGCUAUCGCAGCUGAGGAAAAACUGGCUUCUCUUAUGCGUACAAGUAGUGCUGGUAACAUGUCUGAACAUCCACCCAUGCAGACCAAUGGCCCUGCAAGCUAUAUGCCACUCGUUGAACCAGGUAUAUGCUUAGGCUCAGAGGCUUCUGGGUACCCCGAUAUGCUGGAGCAACAUGUCCUCACCUUGGAUGACGAUUACCAACCGGACGAUGGCUGCAGUGGCCUGCCAGAAGAACCGCCUUCGGAAAUUGAUGAUUUCAGCUGGGAUGAGAUCACUCGUGUCACCACAAAUCAUCAUGAGGACGACCAGCACGAGACUACGACACAUAUCAAAGACGAAGAGGUUGUGGAUGGCAUGGCUUCACUAACUGUUGAAGAGAGAGGAGCCGGGUAUCUCGGAACGGCGUCUGGCGCUGCGAUGCUGCGUCUGCUAAUGCCUGAUGUGGAACCGCGAAAUGCUGCUAGACAACGACGAAAGACCAACACAGAUGAGCCCGUUGUACACGACAACAAAGAUCUGGCCUACGAAGAGCUCGGUCUAGCUGACAUUGAUCUUGACUCCGCCAUUGACGCAUACUUUGCAUCUUAUCAUCUACAAUAUCCUAUGGUCCACGGACCCACGUUCAGGGCACAGUAUUCUUCAAUUAUCCCUCGUCCGAACGGGGUGGCUUUUGAGGCACUGGUUUAUAUGCUAGGUGCUAUCGGCCUUUUCUCGACAGCGACAACAACAAAUGAGAAGAGCAACGACGAUCUCAAGUUGUUUGAGGCUGCAAAGCUGAAUAUCAAGAUUGAUGUGCUAGAGAAAGGCAAUGUCACUCUCUUACAGGUAUUGGUCCUGAUGUCUAAUUAUCUACAGAAAAGAGGGAAACCAAACAGGUAUGUGAUGGUGAUCUGA